AUGGCAACGUGUAAACCUUUCCGUUGCCAUGAGGAUUUUUCGGGACCCCCUCGUGCUGCAGGUCAGAGUAGCUGUCCAGCAUCACAUGUUGAAGGAUGUUAUGAUACUACCGCAAUUCGAGAGGGAGCCACUGUGUUGGGUUGUAUUGUGAGUGAUGGGGUUAUGGUAGCGGUUGAUCAUGGCCCAUCCUCAGGUCCAAUUCCAGGAAAUGUUUGCGUUCUUCAUUCUCACUUGCUUCUCACUUAUUCUGGAGGGUGCCCCUUACUUAUGCUUGAGUUGUUCAAAGCUCUGGAGGAGAGGUUGUCUCUUUCUAGUGCCUUAAGCAUGAAGGCACAACGUGGUCAAGAGGCAGAAGUAGUACUGUGGGUGACUAAGUUUCUGGCUGAGCGUGAGGAUUUCAAGGCUGAUCGAGCCCUAUUACAAGUUGAUCAUUUCGGAAGCUACGGAGUUGAUCAAACCUUCACUCUGGCGAGGUGCUUGUGUAGCUAUGGAAUUUAUCCAUUCUGGUUCUAUAAUGUUCUCCCUCCUGAUGAAUCUGUUCUUUCCGGUGUUCAAGUUCUGUAUGUUGGAAGGGACGGGAAUAGACAAUUGGUCUCUAAAGAAGAGAUAGCGGAGGUGGAUAAGCUGCCGGAUAAGCGGGCCUCGCAGAAGAGCAUGAGGAGGAUGAACAGAAGUCUAACACUUCUUUCUGAUAUCUGCUGUGUUAUGCAUCGUGGUUUCUGGAUCUAUUUGACAUUUGUGUUGCCGCCACCGUCACCGCCCUCCCCCACUCACCGGUCCGCCCUGUCUUCCUUUGCCGUCGUCGUCACUUCCUUGAUACGAUCCGUCGGCGUUCCAGGACCCACUUCUGCUAUUGUUGCCUCCAAUCUCCAAUCCCUAGCCGUGGGUGAACUGAAGAAUUGA